AAAGCGUUAACCAUCCUUUCUUUCUCUCUUUCCUAAAGCUUAUGCAAUGAGGACAGAAACCUGCUGCAUGCUAGAGAGAGAGAGAGACGAAUUAGGGAGGCUCAGCAGGAGCAAAACAAGCUCCCUGAGAAGCCUCCCGUCUUUGCAGCACCCUACAAGACUCAUAAAGGAGAUGACUUGUCAAACCAAAUUCGGAACGUGCUGGGCAAUUAUGAGGAUGUCAUGGGGCUCAUCAACUCCAAAACCCAAUGGAAUUUCUUAGGGCUUCACGAAGUCCUUCCUCCGGUCUCACCUGAAGCACCUCAUUUCCCACACUCCCUUGAUGAAAAUACCAGCCCUACAUCACCUUCAUUCCAUGACACAGCCCACCAUCCACCCACUACGGCUGUAAGUGCUCCUCCUGCUCACCGCUCAAGUCCCUGCGAAAAGGCACAAUCAAGGGCAAAACCACAUUCAGGUUUGCACGUGCAGAGCGGCAGCUCAUCCGACGGUCAGAGCCAAAGUCGCAAACGCAGUUGUGGUGACAAGGAAAGUCACGAAGGUCUUCAUCGCAAGGGAAGUGACAGGCGUGCGGCUGGUGAAGGUCGUGCUCAUGAUCUGGACUACUCCAUUUUCUCAUUUUCUUCAUUUCUGACACCUUUGCCUCCUCCACUGGAACCUCUGUCACCUGUGCGUUCCGACCUGCACGUCAGUUCCAAGUCAGAAAAGAGCAGCAAAAGCCAGGAGCUGACCUACAGUCAAAGAAAAUCGUUUCAGGACCUAGUGACAGGAUCAGAGGAAGAGGAAAGUCAGGACGGCUCAGACAUUGACCUGAGCAGCAACACUCGGCCUUCCUCUCGGACGGUUCCUACAGCUUUGCCAUCAAAGCCCAGCGCGAUGCAGCAGAAACCAACUGCCUGUGUGAGACCAAUGGAUGUCCAAGAUCAGGCGGGAGAGGAAUCGCCAGGUCUCAAACCUCUCCUGGAGGAAUACCAUAGAGAGCCCUUAGAAAAGAUCUCGGAUCUGAAGGUGAAUGCCAGAGCCAAACUAUUCAAAUCAGAAAUCCCUUCUGAGCCCGUAAAGGUGAGUUAGGAGACUCUGUUGCUGGCAGGGUAAGCUCAGCUAUGGGAGGACAGGUCACCAAAGGGCAGAGACUACGAGCAGCAUUGAUGGCUGUGCACACUUUAUCAUUUUUAGAAGGUGUAUUUUAAGAGUGCCUUUUGCCAGUACAUCUGGGGGAGAUACCUGGAUGGUGAAAAUGCAGCACUCGCCAUGAUUCCGUGUCUGUUUUAUCAGUGAGGCUGCAGCAGGCCUUAUGGUUAGAGCGACUGCUUCUGUUGCUGUGACUUUUGUCUUGCCUGUAAAGAUUGUUGAAAAGAAGAAGGGGGAAAUGAUACG